CUUUGGCUCCCUGUGCCAUGAGUCCCACAGUUACGCCGGCUUUGGAGCCGCACGCUACGUCAAUUCACCCCUUCGCUCGGUUUCCGCUGGGCAUCCUGCAUGGAUCGCCAGACUACCCAACCCUAGCAAUUUCACGCUUUCCCAUUCCCAUGAUUUCUGGAGACUACGCCAAGAUGCCGUCUUCCUUGUACCCUGUAUAUCAGUCCCGCUGAGCGACUGCUUUCUUCCGCUGUGGUCCUUACUUGGUCUUCCCGCACCAAGUCGUACACACUCGCUGACACGCACAUUAAAGGCACCCAUGAAAGUGUAAUCUCUCAAUUACCAGAAACUUGACUCAGCCACGGCCUAGUACCAGCCUUGAACACGGAACCGCCUUCGCCAUGGAGACAUACCACGGCCACGUCCGCACACCCAACGAUGCGAUCAUCCUGUUCGAGGCGUGCCGGAUUGGCAUAUUACCGCGAGUGCAGCGCCGCCUGUCUGAGAAGGAACGCCAGCAGAUCAAGUCGGGAUCCGUAUUCGUCUGGGAUGAGCGCGAAGCCGGCAUGAGGCGAUGGACAGACGGAAAGUCGUGGAGCGCGAGUCGCGUGUCGGGCAGCUUCUUGACCUACCGCGAGAUGGAGGGCAAGCGUGGAGGAAGCGCUCUGCCGGCUGCGCCCAUAGUGAAGCGAGCCAGCGGAAAGUCCCCAGAUGGCUCGGCCACUGGCGACUCGGACGGCGAGGGCCCAGACGGCUAUCGAUACAAGCCCGACGGUCUCAUGAAGCAGUCGUUCAGCAUCACCACGUCGAGCGGGCAGCACCUCCACCUCAUCAGCUACUAUUCUCGCUCCAAUUCGAACAACCUCCCACAACCCACCAACGAUGCGCAACUGCGGCACAUUCGACCCCCGAAGAACAUGUACCCAGAAUCUACCGUCAAUGAGGCGCAGACGGUACCCGUUGUCACUCGAGGACCCAUGCCAGGCUCACCGUAUAACGCACCUGGACACAGCAUGGGUCCAUCUUCACCAUACGCACGCCCUGGGCCCGUAGCCCCAAUGUACGCGGUCCCCGUCUACCCUCCCACGCCGCCCAACGGCACGCCCCCGAUGCACGCAUACUACGCGCAACACCCUUACUUCUACGGCGGUGUCAUCUACGCUCAGCCUCCAUACCACCCGCAAGGCCACGUUUUCGACCGUCCACCACCCCCCAUGAGCAAUCCAGGCGCCCCAGCACCCGGGCAUCCUAUGCUUGUUCAUCAUCCUGCCUACGCAGCACACCAACAAUACUUUCAACAGAAACAGGCUGCUGAACAGGUCCAACACCAACAGUAUGCCAACGCAGCCGCACCUCCCCCCGCGCCUACCGUCUCUGCCCCUGAGCAAGGCCCACAACUCCCUGCCAUUAAUGGCGGUGCGACUUCAACGGGCGCAAACAAGCCACCAACGCCAGAACCUGCCAGCCAGCCGCAGUCCCAGGCCCCAGAGUCGAACGGCGCCGCAGCGUCUCGACCACUGCCGACGCUUGGGUCGCUUCUCAACGGAGAAGGUCCAGAGAAGGAGAACCAGAGCACUAGCCGAUCUGGGAGCCGCAGUCCAAACACUGCGUCACGAUUCCCUCGUGAUCUUGCCCCGGAGCGCAUUGCCAAGAACAGUUCUGCCGCAGAUAGCAACGCGCUGAACAAGCUCAACAGCGUCUUUGUCCGAUCAUAGGAUGACGGCACACUCCUUCUUUCUCUUCUUACACGAACAACGAUUGUCUAUUUCUUUGUUUCAUUCAAAAGGAACAGGGGCGGAUAUCUGAUGCGUUACGACUUGCAUAUGGGCGGCGUUUUGGGUGGGUGGCAUGUCUAUAUUUCUCAGCAUGGAUUUCGGGUAUUAUAUCAGCCAUGGGUCGGCUGGGUGUUAUCGGCGUGUGAAUAGCGAUGCAUGCGCUUCAUGGGAACAUGGGGAGAUGAUUCUCCAUCUGUAUUUUGACACUAGCAGCACGUUUGUUGCAGCAAUAUAUGACUAUGCGACAACAGCAUAACUCUUCUCAC